AUGCCGUUUGGUGUAACGAAUGCCCCAGUUGUGUUCAUGGACUAUAUGAAUCGGAUAUUCCAACCCUACUUGGACCAGUUCGUGGUAAUCUUUAUUGAUGACAUUCUUAUUUAUUCUCGUACUCCUCAAGAGCACGGAGAACACCUAAGGAUUGUUCUAUCAGUACUGCAAGAGAAACAACUUUUUGCCAAGUUAAGUAAGUGUGAAUUUUGGAUGAGCGAAGUGAGAUUUCUUGGUCAUGUAAUAUCACAAGGGGGAGUAUCGGUGGAUCCAUCUAAAGUUGAAGCAGUUAUUAAUUGGGAAAGACCGAAAAAUGCUUCCGAAGUCAGAAGUUUCUUAGGUUUGGCAAGUUACUAUCGAAGGUUUAUAAAGGGAUUUUCACAUAUAGCUUUAACAAUGACUAGGCUUACCCGAAAGGAAAUUUCUUUCAAAUGGGAUUCGAAAUGUGAGAAGAGUUUUAUGAGUUUGAAGGAGAAGCUAACGACUGCCCCUGUUUUAGUCAUCCCUGAUCCUAGUAAGUCCUAUGAAGUAUUUUGUGAUGCCUCUAAGAAAGGAUUAUGA